AUGGCCGCCCUGAGUAGGUUCAUCUCUAGAUUAACUGACAAGUCGCAUGCUUUCUUCGAAACCUUGAAGGACCCCAAGGACUUCCAAUGGACUGAUAAAUGUGAGCAAACCCUAUCCGAUCUCAAGGACUAUCUCACUACUCCACCUCUCCUCUCAAAGCCCUUGGAAGGGGAAGUCCUACUGCUCUAUCUGGCAGUAUCAGAGCAUGCAGUCAGUGCUGUCCUGGUAAGGGAGGAAGGAAGGAAACAGCAUUGUAUCUACUACGUUAGCAAAUCGCUGCUAGACGCGGAGACCCGCUAUAAUCACCUUGAAAAGCUAGCCCUCGCCUUAGUUAAUGCGGCCCGAAAGCUACGCCACUACUUCAAGGCUCAUCAAAUCGUGGUGGUCACUUCUUUCCCCAUCAAAGCAGUCCUUCACAAGCCAGAAGUGUCUGGACGACUAGCAAAAUGGGCCAUAGAGCUGGGAGAGUACGAUGUUAUCUUCCGACCUGCAACGGCUAUCAAAUCGCAAGUCCUGGCAGAUUUCGUAGCCGAAUUCUCUCCUGUUAUGCUUCCAGCCCUGGAACAAGAGGUAAAGCUUCGUGAUAGCGAAGGGGAGAAAGGCGAAUGGACGCUGUACGUUGAUUGGUCUACACCACGACAUCCCCAAUCAAACGGUCAAGCCGAGUCCACUAACAAGACGGUGGUGAAUAUGCUCAAGAAGUGCCUAGAAGACGCCCAUGGGCGAUGGGCAGAAGAGCUGCACAGAGUACUCUGGGUCUAUCGGACCACUCCGAAGACGGCCACCCAGGAGACUUCCUUCUCACUUGUUUAUUGUGCUGAAGCGGUAAUACCCACGGAGGUGCACAUAAGGACCACGGUCUCUGAAUUCCUCUCUGAGGAGGAGAACAACGAGCUAAUGUCCCUGAGUCUAGACCUACUCGAUGAAAAGAGAGAGGCGGCCCGCCUUAUAAACGUAUCCUACCAGUUGAAAGUAGCCAAGAGCUAUAACAAGAAGGUCAGAUACAGCACCUUCUAG